AUGUCGGUCGGCAAAUUAGGCGAGUUUAACCUCAGUUCGGGUACGUGGAGUACCUAUAUCGAUCGAAUGGAGCAAUAUUUUCUUGCCAACGACGUGAAACCUAACCUACAAGUACCUACGUUGCUCGCGUGUGUAGGUGACGCAACAUACGAACUGAUGGUGGAUUUGUGUUCUCCAAAGAAGCCUGGUGAGAUGACAUUUAGUGAAUUGGUCCACCUAGUGAAAAAACACAUUCAGCCAACGCCAUCGAUUCUCGCGGAGAGAUAUAAAUUUCGGAAACGAGUACAGGCUCAGAGCGAAUCGGUGGCUCAGUUCGCAGCAGCUUUGAAACACUUAGCCAGAGAUUGCGAUUUUAAGGAUAACCUAGAGGAGAACUUGAGAGACCAGUUUGUAUGUGGCCUAUACAGUGAAACUUCACGACAAAGGUUAUUCUGCGAGGAUAGCGUGACCUUCGCGUCGGCCUUCAAAAAGGCCGUUGCGUUGGAAGCAGCCGCGAAUGACGCUGCGGCAGUUGAACAACGGACGACGACGGACGGCGCGGUGCAUGCGGUGCACGCGCAGGGGGCGCGCCCACCGCGUCUCGACGGCGCCGCGCGCGCGGAGUUGCGGCGGCGUUACGAAGGUUCUGGAAGUAGGGGCCGUCAUGCAAGUGGGCUAAAUAAUCGACAGAAGAUCGGAGCGUGUCUGUGUUGUGGAAGCAGAGACCACACUAGGCCGGACUGCCGCUAUCAGAACUUUACUUGCAGGGUCUGCCUGAGGCCUGGACAUCUGCAGCGCGUAUGCCCUAGUGCGGGACGGAAAGCGGAGGGUCAAGUCCUCCGGCUAGAUACAGCACAUCGAGUGGAAGGGAUAGAACGAAGCGGUGACAGUGACGGCGAACGUGAGAACUCGGCUGGGUAUUAUGAUGACGAAGGAGUCGGAGGCCCCAGCGGGCUGUACAUGGUACGACUGACGGGAUCUGAUCCGGUAGUGGCCGAAGUGACCGUGGCGAAUAGACGGCUGGCCAUGCAUGUGGAUACCGGUUCGCCUAUAUCAUGUAUAAGUGACAAAAUAUAUGCGGAGAUGUUUUCGAAAUACAAGGUACAUAAUAAUAGUUACAAGCUAAAAGGCUAUGACGGAAGUGAUAUUAAAUGUGUCGGUUAUAUCAUAGUGCCCGUUAAGUAUGGCCUUAUCAGUGAAAACCUUAAAUUAUACAUAAUUCUUAAAGGCGCGGUGCCUUUGCUAGGCAGGGAGUGGUUAAUAAAGUUGCGUAUGAGUAUUACGGUGCCUAAAUCGGUCCUCGCUAUCGGUAAAGAAAAAUGUGGCGGAUUCGAUAAAAAUAAGUUUAUAAGUGAGUACCCGGGAGUGUUCAGUGGCAAGCUGGGCCGGCUGCGCAGCCAGUGCGCCACGCUGCGCGUGCGGGAGGACGCGCGGCCGGUGUUCCGGCGCGCGCGGCCGCUCCCGCUCGCACUGCGCGGGGACGUCGACGCCGAGCUUCAGCGCAUGGAAUCUGCAGGUAUUAUAGAACCCGUACCAUCCUCAGACUGGGCCUCGUGUUUAGUAGUAGUUUUAAAGAACAAUGGUUCCUUAAGGAUUUGUGGAGAUUACAAAAGCACGGUAAAUCCGAUGCUCGAAAUUGAUAAAUAUCCGUUACCUAGGUCCGAGGUAUUGUUUAAUAACUUAAACGGGGGGAAAAGGUUCACUAAAAUCGAUUUAUCGGAAGCGUAUAGCCAGGUAACCUUAGAUGAGUCCAAGAAAUAUACCGUCGUUAAUACCCACCGGGGUUUAUAUGUUUACAAUAGGCUGGUUUACGGAUUAUCGUCAGCUCCGUCGAUUUUCCAGCGUAUUAUGGAGCAAGUGGUAGCUGGGAUCCCUAACGUUUCAGUUUUUUUAGAUGACAUUCUUAUUACCGGUAAAACGGAAGAAGAACAUGGAAAAAACUUACAUGCAGUGUUUAAAAUGUUGGAGGAAGAGGGUCUUACAGUCCGGCAAGAGAAAUGUUUUUUCUUUGAAAAAGAAGUCAGUUAUUUGGGGUUUAUUAUAUCGGAACACGGGAUUAGGACGGACGAUAAAAAGAUUGAAGCGGUAGUUAGGGCACCGAAACCGAGUAACGUGUCAGAGUUAAAAUCUUUUCUCGGAAUGGUUAACUUUUAUUCUAAAUUCAUUAAAAAUAUAUCUAUUUUAUUAGCCCCUCUAUACACAUUGUUAAAAAAAGGUGUCGAAUGGAAGUGGAGUGAGGAACAAGACAAGGCGUUCCAGGAUAUUAAGGUAGCUCUAACCAGUUGUCCGGUUUUGAUGCAUUACGACGAGCGGUUACCACUUAUUGUGUCGUGUGACGCGAGCGCGCGCGGGGUGGGCGCGGUGUUGUCGCAGCGCGGGGAGGACGGCGAACGGCCCGUCUCAUACGCGUCUCGCACGCUUAGCUCGGCGGAGGCUAACUAUAGUCAGAUCCAACGGGAAGCACUGGCGAUAUACGACAUCGAGUAUGUUCAAUCUAAAGAGAAUAACGCCGAUGCCUUAUCUAGAUUACCAAUACAAGCACCGGGAGGUAAUAACGACGCGAACACGUUUAUUCAAUUUAUUGAAAAUAGAUUCCCAAUUGAUUCGAGUCAGAUUAGGAUAGAAUCAGCAAAAGAUAAAUAUAUAUCUAGAGUGUUGGAGUUUGUGAGGACGGGCUGGCCCAAAUCGGGUUUUAAAGAAGCGGACCGAGAAAUGAGCGCAUAUUGGCGGCGUCGCGAAGAGCUAUAUGUCGAGAAUGGAUGUUUGAUGUGGGGCUGUCGCGUGGUCGUGCCCCUGGCGCUGCGGCCCGCGGUGUUGGCCGAGCUGCAUGGCUCACAUUUAGGUAUGGUUAAAUGCAAAGGGCUCGCGCGAAGCUUUGUGUUUUGGCCCGGUCUAGAUAACGACCUGGAACGGAUGUGUUCAGCGUGUCGGACGUGUGGAGACGUUGCGGAUUUGCCACCGAAAAGCCCAUUGGUGCCGUGGUCGUGGCCGUCCAGUCCAUUUGAGCGGGUUCAUAUAGAUUUUUUUGAAUUUAAAAAGGUUUCCUACUUAAUUUUAGUUGACGCACACUCUAAAUGGCUCGAAGUCGUACCUAUGUCUACUACGACUGCGGCAAAUACGAUCUUAAAAUUGAAGGAGAUAUUUUCCCGUUUUGGACUUUGCAAGAUCCUGGUAAGUGACAACGGCCCGCAACUGUCCAGCGAAGAAUUUUCUUCAUUUUUGAAAAACAAUGGUAUUAAACAUAUUACGUCCGCGCCAUAUCACCCUUCUUCUAACGGAGAAGCGGAAAACGCUGUUCGAACGGUUAAAAGGGCUCUAAAAAAAGCGGAAGCUGAAAAAAUUAACAAAAAUAGUUUUUUGCAAAGAUUUCUUCUUGAUUACCGUAAUAGUAUCCAUGGUACUACCGGGGAAACACCUGCGAGAUUGAUGUUUGGACGUCACCUUAGAUCGCGGUUAGACCUAUUAAAAUCGGGAGCUGUGGAAUCGGUAUCGGAUCGGUUGCAAAAAAGAGCACUGGCAAAAGGCGGAACUGAAAGGGUUUGGGUUGAAGGAGAUAAAGUAUGGGCUCAAGACUUUCGCAAGAAUAAAAGGUGGUGUACAGCGAUAAUUAAGAGUAGGAGGGGACGAAAUAUGUACGAGGUUGAGACUGAGGAUGGUUUGCGAUGGACGCGACAUGCAGAUCAAUUGCGUUCUAGUUCGGCGGAGACCAGUCGAGAUUCGACGUCGAGUAACAGUCGUGGUCACCCUACGGUAUCUGCUCAAGCAGCGUUAGCUGACUAUGAUAGCUGUUCGUGUUCGGGUAAUGAGGUUGACGACGACGGGGGCGAAUCUCGUACUGGAACAUCCCCGGUGCUAAAUAAACGGAACCGACGCCGACCAGUUCGGUUCGGUUAUGAUAAUAUUAUUUGA